AACAGGGGGAAAUCCCGGGUGUGAGUGAGAGAAAGAAGAAGGAGAAAACUUGGACACAGCAAACCCCUGCGGGUCAGUCUCACCUGCGUGCAAGCUUCGACCUAGCCAGUCCAGUUGAGCGGGCCUCCUCGUUCACAUCGACUCGCGUAUAGUUUCUCGACAUAAUCACUAAUCGACUCUUAUUUAACAUAUUCUUAAUUAUUCCAAUUGAACAAAUUAUCAUCCAAAGUGUUCUAUGUGUCUCUUCCAAAGGAAAACACAUACUAAUAUAUUUUUUAACUUGAAGAUAUGUCUUAUUAAGUUACAGUGUAACAUUAAGGAAUCAAAAAAGAAUCGGGAUAUCGAUAAAGAAUCGACUAUCCAAAGUGUUUUGUCUAAUUAGAUGGAUUUUUCUAUCUCGAAUCGAUUAUUAAAACGUAUUUGAUUAACGUGUCUUGUACGAUAGCGUGCUUAUCGUUCCUAAUCUCAUAACUUUGUUAUGUUGACAACGUACUGACAAAAAAACCUCUCGAAGUUAUUGUUUUUAUAAGUUUUAUCGUGAAAAAUUGCUUGUUGAAAAAUAUUACGAUGUAGUAGUCAAGGAGUGAUAUCGGAUGGACUUGGAAAAGGCUUUAAAUUUCUAAUUAAUCUUCGGUCGCAAAGAAAAAAAACUACGUUCCAUUAAUCAGAUUCUUUAAAGUGCUCUCUGAGUGUCCUAGUUACAACCAUGUAGAGAACAUCUUAGUUCUCUUUCUUUAAAAAUUUCAAAGACUAUUCUUUUCAAUCUAUGUGAACAGUGAAAGACAACGUGGUGGUGGACUGUGAGUCGUUGAUGUAUUCGUUUCAUCGCCAGAAGGAUGAUGAUGAUGGACAUGGGCAUGUACGGGACCUACGGUAAGCCAGAUUCAUAUCCCAACUACGUGUUCGCCGGUCAAGGGAAUCAUCAUCAUCAGGCUUCUACCGUCGGUGGACAUGUGUCUGUACCACCAUCACCCGAUCUUGCGCCGAGUCAUUAUUACCCUCAGACAGCAGUGGCUCCUUACUCAUCUUCGUCAUCCGAAAGUUUCCUGACUGCUGAGUCUGGUGCUUCGUCGAGUACACCGCCUCAAAGUUUCUACUCGCCGACGGGAGCUGUACUACACGAGGAUGGUACUACAACGGCGAUCAUUUCGUCGGAGAACGGCCUGAGUUAUACCAAUCUUGAUUAUGCUUCCUCCUCGACAUACUCCGGUCAACAACAACAACAACAACAGCCACAACCACAUGCAGGAUCCCAUGGUUCGAAUGAACCUCAUCAAAGUUACCAUGUACAACAAAAUACCUACAGAGAAGAUCAUCAUCAUCAUCAUCACCACCACCACCAUCACCCUCCGAGUCUUCAUCAAACUGCUACCUUACAAACCCAUCAAAGAACGGAACUUGAUUUGCAUCAACCAACCUCUAGUCACCAUCAUCAUCAUCAUCAUCCUCCUCACCAUCGACAUGAAUCCGAAUAUCAGGUACCAGUCGGUGCAACUCCCAAUUACGUUCACCAAUACGAAGAUUCUCUUCACUAUCACGCUCCGAUCAGACAGAACGAGUUCCCCGGACAUCCUACAGGACAUUACAAAGAAGAGAAUCGUGAUCCAACCUCUUAUCACACUCUUCCACAACCAGGACAUUCUCAACAACAGCAACAACAUCCUCAUCCACAACAUCCUCAUCAUCAGCAACAUUCUCAUCAGCACCAACAACAACAACAGCAACAGCAGGCCCAAGUACCUACUUACAAGUGGAUGCAAGUUAAAAGGAACGUUCCUAAGCCCGUCGCCACAAAAACGACUCACAAUGCUGGAGAUUUUAUCGGUAACACGGUCGGUGGUACAAAUCCAUCGGUCUAUGGAAAUUCAACGAGUGGUACCGUGAACUGUCUUACUGGCGGUCCAUUAGCUGGUAUAACAAGUGGCUUCAACAAUACCGGUCGUACGAACUUCACUAACAAACAACUAACCGAAUUAGAGAAGGAAUUCCAUUUUAACAAGUACUUGACACGCGCGAGACGCAUCGAAAUAGCCUCAGCCCUUCAACUAAACGAGACGCAAGUGAAAAUCUGGUUUCAGAAUAGACGAAUGAAGCAGAAGAAGAGGAUGAAGGAGGGCCUUAUACCGGCCGAUGGUGGAAACGUUAGUCAACUAACUGGUGCGAGGAGUAGCAGCAAUUCACCGACGAGCAAUCACCAAACAACAACCAAUCAGGACAAUAUUACUGGACUUAGUUUAUCCAGUUUCACCAGCGACAAUAGUCGAGAAUCACCGCCUAUAUCGAUCAAAGAUUAACUCGAUCAUUUAUGAUCUUACGCGACGAGACGAUGAUUGGAUCUAAACUAAGACUCUCGUGAUAGGAAGCAAAAAUAAUUAUUGAUAUCCUGCCAAUGAGGCAAACAAAAAGAUAUUUCCUUAUGUUUACAUAUUACUCGAAUAAUAUUUCGUUCAACAAUUGCAUUCAUACUGAUCUUAUUUCGAAUAUCACGUUCAUUGCAAAUAAACUUCUUUAUUUAACGAUUUAAGAUAUAAAUGUGUUUUUAUUGUUUUCUUUUAUUUUUAUCUUUUUUUUUUUUCUCUAUAAUUGAUAUUAAACUCGAGAUAUAAUUCUCGCAUUUAGAUAGAAGAAAAAUAUGAAAAUUCGUCUUAAAGCUGGAAAUAUUUAUGAUUUAGUCGUUAUGUAAAUUAUUAUUCGAUAUAGGCGAACUCUUUCUUUUCGUGCUACAACGUUACCAUUGUAAAUUAUCUUAUUCUCAACGAUCUUAGUAAAUUUAUUUUUGCUUAAAAUUUCGUGAUUACAUCAUAUAUAUCUCGAUUAUAUGAAAAUUGUAAAAAGAAACUACCAUCCUGAGAGAGCCCUCGUUAGAUUAAAAAAAGAAAAAGAAAAAGAAAAAAAAAAGAAAAAAUACAUCUAGAAAUAAUACAAACAACUUAGAUUAUCUUUUAAUUAGAUAAUUCUACUAUCGAUAAAAUAAACGAAGAUG